AUGGCCGCCAUGCUGGGACAUCCAUUACAUCAAGCGGACCCAGGGAUCCAGGACUGGGUGCCGAGAUUCAAGAACAGAUUUGAUAAACUGUGCCCGGAUUUCUGGAUACGAAUAGCCUGCAACUCCCAUGCUACCACUUCACUUUACUGGACUCACCAACGAGUAGAGAGGCCUAGCCGAGACCCUAAUGCAGGGCUGACAGUGGGCAAGCGGCGGUCCGGUCCUGCUGAGGGCCCUGAUCCAUCAUGA